CUCGAGCCGCCGCCCCGGGGCGCUCCCGAGGCCCCGCAGGAGGGACCAUGAAAGUGAGGUCGGCCACCGGCGACGGAGAUGCGUUGUGUGUUACAGAAGAGGAGCUGGCUGGUGACGACGAGGACAUGCCGACCUUCCCAUGCACACCAGAGGACCGGCCGGGGCCCCGCUGCAGCCGCUGCCAGAAGAACCUGUCUUUGCACACAUCGGUGCGGAUUCUUUACCUCUUCCUGGCCCUGCUCCUAGUGGCCGUGGCCGUGCUGGCCUCCCUUGUUUUCAGGAAAGUGGACUCUCUCUCAGAAGACAUCUCCCUGGCCCAGGCCAUUUAUGACAAGAAGCUUAUGUCUAUGCAGGAAAAUCUCCAAGGACUGGAUCUGAAAGCCCCAAACAACUGUUCCUUCUGCCACGAGGCUGGGCAGCUGGAGCAAGAGAUCAGAAAACUGCAGGAGGAGCUGGAGGGAAUUCAGAAGAUGCUUCUGGCCCAGGAGGUGCAACUGGACCAGACCUCUCAGACCCACGAGUUGCUCUCCACCACCAGCAGUCAGAUCUCCCAGGAGAUGGGCAGUUGUUCAUUCUCCAUCCACCAAGUCAACCAGUCUCUGGGGCUCUUUCUUGCCCAGGUGAGAGGCUGGCAGGCCACCACAGCCGGCCUGGACCUCUCUCUGAAGGACCUCACCCAGGACUGCUAUGAUGUCAAGGCUACAGUCCACCAGAUCAACUUCACCGUGGGGCAGACUUCGGAGUGGAUCCACGGGAUCCGGCGGAAGACUGACGAGGAGACCCUGACCCUCCAGAAGAUUGUCACCGACUGGCAAAACUACACCCGGCUCUUCAGCACCCUGCGCACCACCUCAGCCAAGACCGGAGAAGCGGUCAAGAACAUCCAGGCCACCCUGGGGGUCUCCUCCCAGCGCAUCAGCCAGAAUGCCGAGAGCAUGCACGACUUGGUGCUGCAGGUCAUGGGCCUGCAGCUGCAGCUGGAUAACAUCUCGUCCUUCCUGGACGACCACGAAGAGAACAUGCACGAUCUGCAAUACCACACCCGCUAUGCCCAGAACCGCACGGUGGAGAGGUUCGAGACACUAGAAGGACGCAUGACUUCGCAUGAGAUCGAGAUCAGCACCAUCUUCACCAACAUCAAUGCCACCGACAAUCACGUGCACAGCAUGCUCAAGUACCUGGACGAUGUGCGGCUCUCCUGCACGCUGGGCUUCCACACCCAUGCCGAGGAGCUCUACUACCUGAAUAAGUCUGUCUCCCUCAUGCUGGGCACCACAGACCUGCUCCGGGAGCACUUCAGCCUGCUCAGUGCGCGGCUGGACUUCAAUGUCCGCAACCUCUCCAUGAUCGUGGAGGAGAUGAAGGCUGUGGACACGCAGCAUGGAGAAAUCCUUCAAAACGUCACCAUCCUAAGAGGUGCUCCCGGCCCUCCAGGACCAAGAGGACCCAAAGGAGACAUGGGCACGAAGGGACCCAUUGGCAGCAGAGGACCAAAAGGAGACCCUGGUAGCUUCGGCCCCCCGGGACCCCAGGGGCCUCAGGGGCAGCCUGGAGACCCAGGACCUGUGGGAGAAAGGGGGCCAGUUGGCCUUCGAGGUUUCCCAGGCCUCAAAGGCGCAAAGGGAAGCUUUGGAAGUGGAGGCUCAAGAGGACAGCCAGGCCCCAAGGGGGACGUGGGGCCCCCAGGGCCAGAGGGGCCCCCAGGGUCUCCGGGACCCUCAGGGCCUCAGGGAAAACCAGGGAUUGCUGGGAAGACAGGGUCCCCGGGCCAGCGGGGGCCCAUGGGGCUUAAGGGUGAGCCAGGGAUCCAGGGGCCCCCUGGACCCCCAGGGCCCCCAGGCCCACCAGGAAGCCAGAGCCGCUACUAAGGGCCCCAGUCCCAGACAUUGCUACACAGGAUGGCUGGAAGGGCCUCAGGGCAGAGCGAGCCCCCCAGAAAGCCACACCUACAGACAGCUGUGGUCCUAUGAUCCCAAAGGGGCCUCCCCCUGGCCUGUCCCUGCACCUCCGGGCUCCACAGUACUGACUGUACCAUAGACAGCAGCCCCUCAACCACGCGCGCGCGCGCACGCGGACACGCACACACGUUUCUCUGCUGGCCGGGGGGUGGGUGGGGGGGUGGGCAACCGGGCUUCCCUGGCUGGGCAGGAGGAGAGGGCAGGGGGAGAUGGCCCCUCUCCUGUGACGGAGCCUGCCAAGGAGGUGGCUACCUUGGGGGGAAGGUCUUGAAUCUAUUUCUGAGUUCUUGACCAACUCAGCUUUCCAGCGUCUUCAGAACCAACCUGGCCAGCAGUUCCCUGUGGCUCCCAGCGCUUGAAAAGACCCAGGAAAACCUUUGCAGGGGAUGUGGUUCAAACUCUAGGGACAAGGGGGAUUUGGCGACCAAAAACAUUCUCCUCCUAACUGUGGGAACGGAGUCCCGGCAGCUGCCCCUGCCUCACCUGGGCCAGAGGGACUCCACCUGCGCCGCCGUCCCCGGGCUCUGCGCACCAUGCUCCCAUGAGUUCAGCAUUUUUUCAUGUCUCCAGAAAAUUCCUCACGUCAUCCUUGCCUCCUUCUCCCAGGAGCAUCCCAGAAGAAAUCCAAGGAGGAGUCUCAUCUGCAUGGGAAGGCUAUCUAGGCCCUGGAACAUUCUCCCAGAGUGGUGCCCGGCAGCUGGGACACUGGAGGAAGGUGGGGUGGGGGGACAGAAGCACGUGUGAAGAGGCCGGGGUCAGCGGGCCGUCUGUGGAGUUGGCUCCCUUGCUCUGCACCAGGCCAGCCUGCCCCACUCCUGGGACGGGACCCCUCUGUGGCGGCUGAUGGAGGCCAAGCCGGGUAACAACAGCUCUCCCCUCCUGCACCCAGCUCUCCUGCCCACAGGUGCCCGCUGACCUCACCCUACCAUGACUCAGAAUGGCCCGAGGCCUCUCUGCAUGGGCAGCAAGACUGGACGUGAAGACAGAAGGGCCUGAACGUGUACAAGAGGCUCACUUUGACAUCACCCCUCACCACCUCCAGCUUCCUGCGCACACGGGCACAAAGGAGCCCUGGGAAGCUCCCCUGGCAAGGUGAAGGCAGCCCACAGGCUAAACUGGUUGUAGAGCUGCCCUCCUUUGUGUACAACAGACUCCGACCACUCCUGGGCCGGGGCAUGGAGCUGUCUCCUCCCCGGCCCGACUCAGACACCAGCCCCUUUCCGCCUUCCGAAAGCCUUCAUGCCACCUCCCCUCUCGUAAUAGGUGUGCAACUGGUUUGCACUCCCGCCCACCCCCACUGCCGUGUAAUCCUGUCUACAUAUGAUAUCAUGUGACGUAGUAUUACUGACUCAGUAAAGAGCUCUUUCCAGGA